UUGCCAGACUGGUUAUCUUCUGUCGAUUGGUUGUGACUGCACGCAGAGUUAUUUGAUUAAACAUGGCGGCCACACAAGCGACAAACCCGUCCCAGCUGCUUCCACUUGAACUCGUGGACAAAUGCAUCGGCUCUCGAAUUCACAUCGUUAUGAAGACUGACAAAGAAAUAGUCGGCACUCUGCUUGGUUUUGAUGACUUUGUCAACAUGGUGCUGGAGGAUGUGACGGAAUUUGAAAUCACACCGGAGGGAAGAAGGAUAACCAAACUGGACCAGAUCCUCCUCAAUGGAAACAACAUCACCAUGCUCAUCCCUGGCGGGGAAGGACCAGAAGUGUAAAUGUUCAAACAAUUUUGUGUUGUGGAUGAACCCCUUUUCUAUGUUGGCAUUUCCUGAGUUAUGUAAUUAUUUCUUAUUGGUUUCCCCCUCCAGGGCUUCUAGAGGGAGUAAAUUAUAUUUGUAAGAUUCCUAAUUGAAUCUAGGAUACAUAAAACAUGCAUCAUGUCUCAAAAGAUAAAAUUUUUGUUACAAAUAAACCUGAAAAAUUCCA